AUGGAUUCUGAGCCACCGCUGAUCGGUUUCACCAAAGCUGGAAAGUUAAGUGGGACAGCGAAGGGAUCAAUAGAAUCGGUGAUGGUGGACAUAACGAAAGACGAGUCGGUGGAUCGAGCAGUGCAAUACGUGAAAAGUCAUCUGAAACCUGGAAUCAGUGAGUUUAGCCAAGUAUUCAUACGUAAAGACGCAUAA